ACUGGGAUUAGGCUCACCGGAACCCCGCCCUCCCGGCUUCUGCUUCCGGGUCGGUGCCAUGGCGGUGGCAAAUUCAAGCCCAGUCAACCCCGUGGUGUUCUUUGAUGUCAGCAUUGGCGGCCAGGAGGUUGGUCGCAUGAAGAUCGAGCUCUUUGCAGACGUCGUGCCCAAGACGGCCGAGAACUUUAGGCAGUUCUGCACUGGAGAAUUCAGAAAAGAUGGGGUUCCAAUAGGAUACAAAGGGAGCACCUUCCACAGAGUCAUAAAGGAUUUCAUGAUUCAGGGUGGAGAUUUUGUUAACGGAGAUGGUACCGGAGUUGCCAGUAUUUACCGGGGGCCAUUUGCAGAUGAAAAUUUUAAACUCAGACACUCAGCUCCAGGCCUUCUUUCCAUGGCAAACAGUGGUCCCAGUACAAAUGGCUGCCAGUUCUUCAUCACCUGUUCCAAGUGUGAUUGGCUAGAUGGGAAACAUGUAGUGUUUGGAAAAAUCAUCGAUGGACUUCUGGUUAUGAGAAAGAUUGAGAAUGUUCCUACGGGCCCCAACAAUAAGCCUAAGCUGCCUGUGGUGAUCUCACAGUGUGGAGAGAUGUAGUCCAGAGCAAGACUGAAACAGAGAGAGUCCAUUUUGUUCCUGAGAGUCUCAAAAGGGGAUCAGACCCUCCAGAAAGAACCAGGCCGGUACGAGGCACUGGAGGAUUUUGAGCAGAAUACUGGGAUUGAAUUUUCUUAUUCAGAAGGUGAUUCUGGCAGCACUGUGGAUGAUGAGCCGGAGGCCAGUGAGGAAAGCAUGUCCGCUGUAGCAGUCCA